GUGUGUAUGUGUAUGACUGUUGUGUGUGUGUUUGUGUGUGUGUGCGGUUGGUUGUUAGUUGUAGUGCGAUCGGGUGCGAUCGUUCACCUCCAGAAUUACAUUUGAGCUGCCAAUUAACUACUGGACUGUGGUUCAUUCAAAUGGACAUUUAGAUAACUUCUUGUUUCCCAUUUUCUUUUAACUUCAUUAGUUUUACGUGGUUUGAGACCCCUUUCUCGUAGUUUUUUCCUUGUGAAUCCGUCCAAGCCCUCCCUUCUUGUUUCGAUCUCCCGGCGGAUCCAACCCCCUUUCUUCGAUAUUAUGUCAAGAAAGGUAAAGAAGGCUGUUUUAUGGUAGAAUGAUCAUCAGCAUUAAAGAGAAGAGGAUUCUUCGGCCCGCAUUGAGGUUGCCUGAAGUGGGCUUGCAGAUGCAGAAAUACAAUAUAGCAAUUUGAAUGACAUAGGCUACCGUAGGACCACAUCAACAUAGCCGUCUGUAUGAACAUGCCCAGAACUACUCAGUGUUGUUAUGUACUUCUUGAACGGCUGUCAAAGACUGUGCUUGACCACUUUGUAGAUAUACAGGAGCCCUUAAAAGAGUCAGUCACUGAGGAAGCCCCAGCGGCUCCAGAUAGCACCACAUCCAUGUUUGUUGAAGGAGAAGAUGUUCUUGUUGACCGGAAUCAUACUGGUCAAUUUUUCAUGGGCACCAUUGUCCAGAUUGAUAGACCCACUGAAAAGUGCUUGUUGCGCUUUUUAGAUAACAAAGAAUGCUGGGCCCAUUUAAAUGAGCUGCAGCGGGUGAAAGAUGACCCCGAAGAAAUUCUGUGUGUUAUAUGUAAAAAAAUAGAUCAAAAUGUUGCUCGAUGCCCAAAGUGUGGCCGUGGUUAUCACAGGUCAUGUUUAGAGUUGAGUCUCCCUGAUGGUGUGUCAGCUGCCAAAUGGCUAUGUAUACGAUGUGGAAACAAAAGUUUAAAGAAAAAGCGUGCUCGUCUUAGCCUAGCAUCUGCUCAGUCUAGCACUGAGCAGACGUCAUCAACCCCAUUGGACACACAGCUUACAGUUAUAAAUAAUGCUACCACUUUAGGGUCUGAAUCCCAUGGCACAUCUCUUAUGCUAGCAACUGCACCAACUAUACCCACAGAGUUUGCAGUAGCUCCAAUCAGGAAGCCUGUUCGUUCCUUCUCUUAUGCACUUCAGUCCUUGGUUUGGGAUGAUUCACACAGAGUGAAUGAUUCUCAACAGUAUUGUUACUGUGGGAAACCUGGAGAUUGGUACAUGCAAAUGCUACAAUGUCAACAAUGCCGUCAGUGGUUUCACCAAGAUUGUCUUUCUUGUCUGCAUUUUCCACUUUAUUGUGGUGACCAGUAUGUACUCAAUUUUCAAAAAUCUCAUUUUUUUGUCAACUUUAUGAAGAAAAAGUACUUCGAUCUGGAUAGUGAAAUUAUACCUUAUGUUAAAAACAAUUGGUUUUACCUUCAAAUACCAGCUCAGUUGGUGAAAUGUAGCGAUUCUGAACUGAGGCGGAUAAUUUUGAAGAUGCUUGAAGAUAACUCAACCAAGAGUUGCAGAUUCAAAUCUGGAAAAGAACUUAAAACAAGGAAACGAAUUUGGGGCUUAAGAAUUGGUGUGCCUCCCAAGCGAAUUCCUUUUUCUCUUCCUCCUGUGCGUCCAUUAACAGAUGAUGCUGUCAAAACAUGGUGGAAGAAGUGCCAUAUUACUUUCAGAGCGCCUUUGGACUCCAAAUAUCUAAUGAGAGGUGAUUUUGUUUUGCAACCAAAUGGCUGCAUGACAAGUUUUGACUAUGGGUUAAUGAUUGGACAAGCUCCAAAUUCACUACAAAAAAUUUCUAGAAACUUAAGAGGGGUUGCUAUUGGCAUUCACAAUCUAGAUGCUAGUAUUAUUCGCAAUAUAUUUUCUUCAUCAAUACCGGUAAAUGGAGGGCAGGCUUGUUUGACAACUGAGGCAUUUACUGGUUAUGCUAAAAAAUCAUCUGCCCUAUGUGCGUCUAACCGAUUAGCUCUUCAAGAAUCUUUACGUCGAAAUAAGCGCUCACGCAAUAGGAUUUCUCCCAGAAGUAAAGCACUUGGAAAGAAGGAUCUUUGUGGUGGUGAUCAAAGUGAUGAAGUGCAAGAGAACAGCAGUCAGGAUGGUUAUGAAUCACUUGACAGCCAAACAAGCUACUCUCAGGAUGAAAAUUACCUUUCAUCAAAUGCUGAGAGUCUUGAUGCAGAUGAUUGUAGCCAAGAUGGUUAUGACUCAAGUGGAGAGGAGAGUGAGGCUGGAACCCUGGAAAGUGCUUCCACCUCCGCUCCUGAUGAAGAUAGCAUAGAUGUAUUCAAGCCAAUAAGCAACGCGGAGGAAAAAGAGGUUAGUGAAGCCAAAGAAAUCCGUGAAGUUCAAAACAUUGAGGAAAAACAACUGGCUACAAAUCAUGAUCAGGAAAACAAUGUGCCAUGUACAGACUAUCAAUUGCUUGUUGGGACCCCACUUUUGUCAGAGACAAUUUUGUCUGAGACAAAUUUGUCUGAGACAAUGGACACUCCACAAACUGCAUCACCUGCUACUGAUUCAGUGUUUCCAUCAAUAUCUUCCACACCAGCUGAUACUGAAGUUGAUGAGGAUUCUGCAGGUCCUUCUGAGCCACGUGCUCCAUUACCAACAAUUGCUGAUCUAAUAGGUGCGCCAAUAGUAUUAGACAAGGAGACGCAGCCAGAUGCUAUUUUAAUACCUUCUUUGCCUCGAUUAACGGCUGUAAUCAAAGAACCGCCACCAGCUCGAGCUGUUAAACGAAAGUUAAGUGAAAAAGAUAUUAAAAUUGUUAAUGGACAAGUUAAACAAAGACGCAGGUUUAGGCGCGCUCAAUCAAAUCAAACUUUGGGAACCAAAACUGUUCACUUGGAUUCUGGGGAAAAGUUAGAAAAACGUAUUGUAGGUGGCAAGCUUCUAAGAAGUCCCCACAAACCAGCCAUUCCAGAAACUACAACAGAUGUUAGCAUUCCACAAGGUGAAUCAUCAUCGUCAUCACCUUUUGUGAAACCUGAAGAAAUGUCAGUGUCUGAUGUUAAAAGAAAUAUAAAAUCUAUAUUUAAUGCUCGCAACCGAAUUGCUGCUGGUGAAAAGUUCGUAAUUAAAGGUAGAAGAGUUACAGCAGAUGGUGUUGAGUAUCUAAUACAGUGGGACUAUACAAUAUAGGUAAUCUGUUGCGCAAUCUCACUUCACGAGACUAUCCAAAGUUUAGAUUCAUAGGUACUUAGUUAUAAAAUGUGAUAUAAGAGUUUAUACUCUGUUUUGGUUAGAAACCCAUUUGCACCUACAAAAAACAAUCAGUCAUUCUAUUUUGUCCAACUUGUUAACUAGCAAAUCAUUCCUGUAAGUAUCUUUCAAUGGAUUUUGAAAUUUUUCAUUGUCUGUUAACCACGCAAAGCGUCUUAUUGUGUUACAUAUGUUUCCUAAAUCAACUUAAAGUUGUGUGACAAUUCCACCUAUAGGUAAAGUGUCAAAAUGUGUCUGCCAUACCUAAGAAUUUCUAUCAGAAAUGAAAUGAUAGAUGAUAUUGGAUAUCAGUUUAAAAAAUUCAAUUAAUUUUUCUAUUUUAACUGUGAUUUUAUGACUGAGCAUAUGUACUUUAAAGUACCUACCUAUAUGGAUAUUCAUAUUUGCUCACCUUUUUACCCAACUCAAUUGAUUUCUCAUUAAUCAAGGUUUUCUUUUUAGAUCAUCUGUCAUUCUAUACUUUUCUGGCUUAAUUUGAUCAUAACAUGAAUAUCAAUAAUAAAAUGUUGAACUGCCAAUAAUUGUUUCCUCAUCUUGAUUUAUUUCAAGUGAUGACCUUUUUUUUCAUUGAGUUGUAGAAUCCAGGACGUUCUGGGGUAGAGGCUUUAAAUUUGUUGUAUCUACAAUGGAACAGAAAAACUUUUAAUGGGACUUCAACUUCCUGACAACAGUUAUGUCUUUUGUAAUGUCUGACUGUGAUAUCAUGUCAAAGAGCUAGUGGAGAUAUAUGGAAUGAGCUGUUUAGUACAACUUAAAAAGAUUGCAACUUAAAAAAGAUUUAUUUUACCUAGCUGCAGAUUUUAGGGCCCUUAACUUGUUAAAGAGGGAGAAGUAGAAUUAUUUUUGAAUCCAUGUGCAGCACACUUUUUACCUUUGGUAUGGAUGUAUAGAUGGACUCUUGAAGAUCCCUAUGAAAAGUUGUUGCAAUGUUUUGGGAGGUUACUAUUCACCAUGUUUCUUAUUGUCUCUUCCUAUUGUCCUCUUUCCUCAUUGCUAAUGUUUUAUUUGAAAAGUAUGGUGGUUGGUUUAGUAAAUAGUUGCACAUACUAUUCUUAAUGUGAGUUCCUCUGUUACCUAAUAUACUAUCAUUUAAAAUUGGCAAUCCGGAGUUAAGGCAGAUGUGUUUGCCUCUAGUUCAAAUUUUUGUAAUUUACAAUGUUUUUGAUUGUUUGGCAUAUUGCUUGUAAAUAUGUUGUGUACCAUAAUAUAAUAUUUACUAACCACUGCCGUAAUUUGUUAGUUUUUCUAGUUUGCUGAUUUUAAAUGACAUGCGGUGGGUCAUAGGUAAUCCAUGUGAACUAAAUUCUUAAGACGACUUUCCCACUGUAAUAUUGACAUUUUAGGUGGGGAAAUCAGGCGGAUUGUUUAUAAUGUUAUGCUUACUUUGUUGUAAUUUUUUGUCCUAAAAAAGAUUAUCUGAAAGGCUGCAAACAGCAUUUCAGUGAAGUGUUUUAUACUGGGUUUUAAACACUAGCUUCUGCAAGACUUUAAGCACCACUUUGUGUUCAUAGUGUGUUAAAACAUGUAUCGUGCAAAUAGUGCUAGGAUGUUGCAAGUUCAGAAAACCAACGAAAUGUUUCUGCCUAGGUAUUUCUUAUCUUACUGACUUUCGACUCAACUAUUUCUAUUACGCCCAUAAUAAGGAAGAAAGGUUGUAGUAGAACAACCAGGUUCCCUGUUCUGACCCACUCAUCAAUUUUUUAUUGUUUUAAGUACCCGUUCAUCAACUGCCAGUUACAUGUGCCAAAGGAGGACAAAAAGUCUGGUUCAAACAUAUGGUCUUACACAUACUGUAUUUAUAUAGUUAACCAGCUGUUGAGUAAUCAGCACCAGACUAUGGAGUCUGAAACCAUAGGCAAAAGUUGUUAACUUACAACUACUAGCUAAAUGAUACAUGACUAAUUUUACUUAAUGGGACCAAGUUUGUAAAAAUAUUUAUAAAAUAGUGUAUAAUUUAUUUUUUUAACUUAGUAAUACGAUUAAAAGUUGAGUAUUUUUGUGGGGUGGUUUUUUAAGUGUAGUGCGCUAACUGUACCAUCAUUUCAUGAUUUAGUCGGUUCAUUAAAACAAAAUUUACUGUAGCUAGUUGGUUCAUGUUUUGAAGGCUACAGGAAGAGUACUCUAUCUUAACGUCGAAAGGUUUUAUGAGUGAAGGUGAAGUGUGAAAGGUAACACUGGCAACCACAUUGAUAAUAUUGUGGUUCAUAAACAAGAUUCCCUUUUUAUUUCUGUGAUAUUGGUUGGGUUAAAAGACAUUAACUCGGCUACUCCAAGUGAGAUCAAUCUGUGCAAGUUCAGGAUAUUGAUUUUUUCUUGCUGUAUUUUGUGUGCGUAUCUGAUGCUUGCAAAUGACUGCUGCACUUCAUUUAUGAAAGAAUGUGUGGAGUAAAAUCUGGGAAUUUUUUCUCUUUUCUUUGCUAAACAGGGUGCAUUGCUAAAACUUCAAUGUGUAAUACUUUUAUUUUUAAAUGAGUGUUGUGUAUUGUUUAAAUAGAUUGUUAUGUUCUGUAAAAGUUGGCAAUUUACUAAAUGCAAUUACAAGAUAGGUACUUUUCUCUUUGAUUGUCUUUGGCUGGUUAAGUAUAUGUAAGUGUAGGUCAUACAGAAACUGUUGGGGGGCUAAAUUUAUGCUCUUAAUGAAAAGUGUUGUAGAAACAAAAUUUUUAUGCUGUUGCAGUUUCUACUAAUAUUUUUGUAUUCUGUGGGCUAUUUAUGAUUGGCCUGACAUUGUUUUCCUUCUAUCAACCUAAUUUUAAAAUAUUUAAGAAAAUUUUACCAUGGUUGUUCAUAGUAUCAAUUCAUAGCACACUAGUCUUUCUGUUUUUUGUUUUUUUAAUUGCAUAUUAAACAUGCCUCUGUAAAUUACAUUUGGUUCUCAUUCUCCAGGAUUUGAAACACCAGAACUCAGAAAACUUGAGGCCUGGUUAUUUUUCUCAUGCAUAUAAUUAUUUUUUUUUACUUUCCUGUGAUGAUAAUACAUUUUGUGAAUAUAUGUAACUGUUUUAGACA